AUGGACAAACAAAAAUCGACAACAACUGCUGCUGGUGGACUAUCAACAAAGGCUAUCACCACCAAUCAUGCUGCUGUGCUACCCCAACCUGUUCGCCGAGUACUCCAAAAUUUUCUUCUGAUCUGGCUUGAUGCCAAUUUCGAUGAAUCCAAAGAUCAUUAUAACAAGUCAAUACAAGAUCUACAACAUAUUGUAGCAACAAUCACAACAUUUACAGAUGUUGAUCAAUGUGUUGAUUUUCUCAGUGAUAUUGAAGAUGAAAAAGUAUUCAUGAUUGUGUCUAAUGCACUGGGACAACAUAUCGUAUCAGAAAUUCAAGCUUUGCCACAAUUACACUCAAUUUAUGUUUUCUGUGACAAUCAAUCGAUUCAUCAAGAGUGGGCCACAACAAUACCUAAAGUAAAAGGUGUAUACACACAAAUUGAACCAAUUUGUGAAGCAUUAAAAACUGAUUGUGAAAAUUGUGAUCGAGGUAUGAUCUCGAUCAGUUUUAAUCGUAUUGAUCCGUUAUUUAUGUAUACACAAUUGUUAAAAGAAGUACUUUUGGAAAUCGAAGAUGAUGAUGCAAAAUCUAUUAAGGAACUCAUCGAAUACUGUCGUCUUCACAGUGAUGCUUCCGAAGUAACACUUGACAAGAUCGAACGAGAAUAUCGUAAUCAUACACCCAUUUGGUGGUACACGGCUCCAUAUUUUAUCUACUCAAUGCUCAACCGUGGUCUUCGACAAAUGGAUGUCGAUAUUAUACUUAAAAUGGGCUUUUUUAUUCGCCAUCUACAUCAACAUAUUACAGACUUACAUCGUGAACAGCAAAACAGCAAAGCAGCCAUGCCAUCAAAAUUUCAAGUUUUUCGUGGUCAAGGCUUAUCCAUGGAAGCCUUUGAAAAAAUGAAGAAAACCAAAGGUGAACUUAUGUCAUUUAAUAAUUUUUUGUCGACAAGUCAUAAUCGUGAGAUUUCUUUCAAAACCUUUGCACGACCUGCAGCAUUCGAUGCAAAUACAGUUGGCAUUCUCUUCAUUAUGAACAUCGAUACGGCUAUUUGCACAGCUUCAUCGACACCUUUCGUCAACGUUAAAGACAUUGGCUUCUUCGACGAUAAAGAAGAAGAAAUUCUUUUCUCGACACAUACAAUUUUUCGCAUCGAUCGUAUAGAACGUAUUGAAGAUAAGCAUACAGAUCGUCUCUGGCAAGUCAAUCUCACCCUCGCUGGUAAUCAAGAUGAUGAUUUUAACAAAUUAACAGCACAUUUAAGGGAAGAGCA